AUGAAGAUUUCAGCAGCUAUCCUCGGCUUGGUGAGCCUUGGGCAAGCCCACUACCACUUCCAUACGACGAUUUACAAUGAUGUUGCCUCUGAGAAGUUUGAGUUCAUUAGAGAGAUUGAUUGGAAUGGCCGCGAUAGUCCUGAGCUCGACGUCUUUGGCCCGAAUAUGACUUGCAACAGGAUGAACGCGAACCCUUUUACGGAACUAGGAACCAAGGUCUUGGAGGUCACAGCCGGAUCAACCAUUGACUUUGAGGGCUAUACCGAAAUCUUCCACCCGGGCCCGCUGCAAUUCUUCAUGGCCAAGGCUCCUUCUGGGACAAAGGUUGAGGAAUUUGACGGUCUAGGCGAUGUCUGGUUCAAGAUAUACAGUGACGGCGACGAGUCAGAAAAUAUUGACGAACGAUUGACCUGGCCAAAUUGGAAGAAGAACCGCGUAUCUAUCAAGAUCCCUGAGUGCGUCGCUGAUGGGGAGUAUCUACUACGUCUCGAGCACAUUGCACUUCAUAAUGCUUCACAGGAUAAUGGAGCCCAAUUCUACAUUUCUUGUGCUCAGAUUAGGGUCACUGGGGGUACUGGAACACUUCAACCACCACCUUCGGAUUUGCUAGCUUUCCCUGGUUCGUACGAUCCUAAGGAUCCCGGUUUGUUCCUUCAUAUAUGGUACCCGAUCCCUACGAGUUACACUGCGCCUGGCGGCCCAGUUCUGCAAUGUUGA